AUGCCGACUGCGCGCAAUGAGCCAACCACAUUGCUCCCACCUUCAAGUUACAGAAAUGAACGAGGUACCAGGGCCCGGCGUCCUUCAUUCCUCAGCGCUGCGCCGGCUGCGUCCUCUGGCAGCCACCCACCAACCGUAGUGGCUGACGCGGACGUGUCUAUGGGCGGAGUCUCAUUCACUCAGCUAAUACUGAACGCCCUUCAUGGUCAUGAAAGCAUCAAGGCCUACUCAAGGACCAUCGAUAACGAUGUCCGGGAGCAGGAGGCCCGUCUCACACAGGAAGAUUUGUACACCCUACCGGCAAAUGCGGGUGAGCUGCUCGGCCAGUUCUUCACGCUUCGCCACCCGCUGUCGCCCGUCUUCCAUGCACCUAGCAUUCGACCGCUCUUUGACGCGGCCCUCCACUGUCCACCGGAACAGCGUUCUCAUCACAAGUCCAUAUUCGUCCUUCUGAACAUGAUCUUCGCCAUAUGCACUUCACACUGGGUUAUCGAUCCCCAAGGCAACCCUCGAGCUGCACGAAGACACUAUGACAUCGCCAUCUCACUUAUACAGCCUGAUCUGCUUCGAGAUUGGAGGCUGGAACACGUCCAAGCUCUCUUGAUCGGCGCAAGAUAUCUCCAGGGCUCAAGCUGUGCCAAUGAAUGCUGGAACAUCCUUGGCCUGGCUAUCCGAAUCGCAUAUGGCCUCGGCCUCCAUAAAGACCCACCAGACACGGACCCUCACCCACUAAGAGAGACGAAGAGAAGAGUGUGGUACGCGGCCUACACUUUGGACGUGCUUCUAAGCAUGAUUUAUGAUCGCCCAUCCAUGAUCCGUUCGGAUGAAUGCUCUGUCGGUCUGCCAGCUGAUUUGGACGACGAAUAUAUUCAGAGUGCUCCGAUGCCGAGACCCCCUUCGUCCAUGUCAUUUUCUAUUGAGGUCAUCAAACUAUACCGGAUCAUCGAAGCCUUCAAGUCAAAGCUGAAUAGCGGCGUUGAUAGUGGCAGGAAGGUCGUAGAGUUGGUCAUGCCACUCGAUGAACAACACCGGAAAUGGUAUCGGUCCCUACCCUCUCACCUGAUCCUCGACUACAAGGCGCCCAAGGAACAACCUUGGAUUCUAGCCUUGCGUGGGAAUAUGGUCAAGAUCCUGAUCCACAGGCAAUCUCUCAUGGUGUCCUUACGCGGUCUUUCGGGAGAACAGGACGUGGAAAAUUCGGUCGUCACUCAUGCUUUGCAAUCUAGCCGCGAUAUCUGCAUAAACGCCGCGAUGGAAAGCAUCGACAUGGUUGCAUUGAGGCAUGAACAUACCAAAAAUACAAUGGGGUUAAAUUGGUUCAACAUCUACUACUUGUUCAAUGCUGUCAUCGUUCUAGUCUCCCACGUUAUCGAACCAGCACACAACAACGACCGAGCAGCUCUCACCAAAGUCGACACGGCCCUGCGUAUGAUCCAAGCCAUGUCGCAUGACCACGCUUUCGCCCAGCGCGCAUACACGUUCCUCCAGCAGCUUCUCGGCUACAUGCAUCCUAGCGUGACAGCAGCAGCCCAGCGGAACCAGAACCAAGAUGAGACUUCUUUCUCAAGCCGUCCUCCCCUGCACACUGAACAAACUGCUGGGCAGUUGCCCACUGACCUGCAGCACAACGGGGCCGACUCGAUUCCAAGCCUGCACACGCUGUACGGAUUCACGCAGGACCUGACCGACAACCUGGUGAAUUACCUGGAGAACUUGGAUAAUUCCGGGUUCGCUGACGAACCGUGGGUCUUCCAGUGA